CACAUGAAGCUCUGGAUUCUUCUUCUCGUUGCCAUGUCCAUCCACGUGAUUGUGGUGCUUAUGCCUGUGCUAGGAAACCUGAAGGACAAAACUGGUGAAAUCAUAAAAAUUGAGCAGUGCUGGGUCCAGCCUCCACCACAGUUUUGUGGGAAAAGGUGCACCAAAGUGCAUAAAUGUGCAAGUCCAAACCACACCUGCUGCUGGACCUACUGUGGAAGCAUCUGCUUGGAUAAUGAAGAGCCUUUUAAAACACUGAUGAAACUCUAG